AUGCAAUCAGUGGCAAGAGAAUUUGAUGCACUUGGGCUAGCUGCCCCGCAAAUCGGAAUUCAUCAGAGAAUCAUCCUUUUAACCCUCCAAAAUGGACGAGAAAAAGUCUUUGUCAAUCCUCAAAUAGUCGGCAAAAGUACCAAAGUUGUCCCGUCGAUAGAAGGAUGCCUCUCCGUCCCAGCUCUUGUCGCUUCUGUUCCUCGACACGAGUCGAUAAGACUGAAGGCGUUUGACUACAGUAAUGGAGAAGAGAUUCUACAGGAUUUUCAAGGAGAUGAUAGCUUUUGCCUUCAACAUGAAAUUGAUCAUUUGGAUGGAGUUUUGUUUCUCGAUAGAGUCGAAGAUAAAGAAGCGAUUGGCGUUUCAAAUUUUCUCCGAAUUCGCGCUGGCGAGAGAAAAAUAGUCGACGAACUCGUCCAGCAAUCCGAAAAGCUCCCGCAAACAAUCGCCCUCACUUCCGUCAUUUCCUUCUUUCUUGCCUUAUCUAUCUCUGCUGCUACCAACUGA